GACGAGGAUGCUGGAGCAUGAGGCAGGAGGAGCAGACAUGCGACUAGUCCGUCAGAUCAAAACAGCGAUGAAGAUCCAGGCCGGGGGCGAGCACAUGGGCUGCAGCAAGGUCGGAGAAAACCAGGAGAACCAGGUCAUCCGUUUGCAAUGUCAGGAGGAGGUGGUGCGGGUUUGUCCGGGAAGUCCGCGCAGUCCUCGCCGCGCCAUCGCGACGCGCCUCUCCUCCGGAUCCGCAGACCGUGAGCCCAGCAGUAGCAGCUACAAUGUCUCUUCGGGAACCUUCUACAGCUGUGUCAGUCAGAUUACCAUCGCGAAGAUCUUUGACAGCUUUUGUGAAGCUGUACUGCUGCCUGCUCUCAGCAGCUACGCUAUGAAAGAUGCGUCUGUCGAGGUCAUUUGCACGCUGGGGCUGGGGGGCGUGAGCUUAUCUCUACAUGGGUUUGAGCCCAAGCGGCGGAGCCCCCACCGACGCAGAGUCCUGCUGCAGGCCUCGGCCUCAGGCUACCAGGCAGCGGACAGACAUUUCACCUUCUCCUCCUGUGGGAAGGCCGACAUCAUGGAGGAGUCCUCAGUUGAAGCCCCGGAUUCCAGCUCUCAAGACGAUGUGCCUCCUCUCGCUGUGAAGGGUGUUAAUGUGCUGCUUGGGAGACAAAGGUCAGAAGGCACCAGCAGCCCAUCCAGAGACGACGACUCCACCCUGCUGAACCAGGGAACCCACAGCAGCAUCCUUGACGACAACACAAAGUCCGAUUCUAACCUCCCACAGGCGAGGAGUAAGUCCAGCGGCCUUUGCUUCGCUGAUGGAAAGAGCCGCAUUGACUACAUCCUGGUUUACAGGAAGUCUAGCUCACAGUCAGAGAAGAGGGAGGUAUUUGAGCGGAACAUCCGUGCAGAGGGUUUACAGAUGGAAAAGGAGGCUUCUAUAACAAACAGUGACGUGAUUUUUCUGAAGCUUCAUGCGCCAUGGGAUGUUCUGUGUCGCUACGCAGAGCUCAUGAACAUUCGCAUGCCUUUUAGGUGAGACAACAAACCCUCUUUAAAGUUGUACUGGAAAAAAACACACUUCAUUUGCAGGAUGGAGAAGCGCAUCAACAAAUUUCGUGGGUGGCUUCCCCGCAAGCCUAUGAAGUUUAACGACACUCUGCCCGACUUGGAGGAGAACGAGAGUUUUACUGCCCCCUUCAGUCGAUCGAGGAUUCAUCAUUUCAUCAUCCACAACAAAGACACUUUUUUCAACAACGCCACCAGAAGUCGCAUUGUCCACCACAUCCUCCAGCGGGUCAAAUAUGAGGAGGGUAAAAAUAAGAUGGGACUUAAUCGUCUUUUGAGCAACAAUUCAUAUGAGGCAGCUUUCCCUCUUCAUGAGGGGAAAUACCACAGCAAGAACUCCAUCAGAACGCACGGAGCAGAGAACCACCGGCACCUGUUGUACGAGUGUUGGGCCUGGUGGGGGGUUUGGUACAAGUACCAACCGCUGGACCUCAUCAGGAGGUAUUUCGGGGAGAAGAUCGGUCUGUACUUCGCCUGGCUCGGCUGGUACACGGGGAUGCUGUUUCCUGCAGCUCUGGUUGGCCUCUUUGUAUUCCUGUAUGGCAUCUUCACUCUGGAGCACUGCCAGGUCAGUAAAGAAAUCUGCCAGGCCACUGACAUCAUCAUGUGCCCCAUCUGUGACCAGUACUGCCCCUACCUGAGACUGUCAGACAGCUGCAUCUAUGCCAAGGUCACCCAUCUCUUCGACAACGGGGCAACGGUUUUCUUUGCGGUAUUCAUGGCUGUUUGGGCAACCGUCUUCCUGGAGUUCUGGAAAAGGCGCAGAGCUGUCCUCGCAUACGACUGGGACCUCAUCGACUGGGAGGAAGAGGAGGACGAAAUACGCCCCCAGUUCGAGGCCAAAUACUCCAAGAAGGAGAGGAUGAACCCCAUAUCUGGAAAGCCUGAGCCCUACCAGGCAUUCACUGACAAAUACAGUCGCCUCAUUGUCUCAGCGUCCGGGAUCUUCUUCAUGAUCCUGGUGGUGAUAGCCGCUGUAUUUGGCAUCGUCAUUUACCGUGUGAUCACCGUCAGCACCUUUGCCGCCUUCGGCUGGGCUCUCAUCAGGAACAACUCUCAGGUGGCGACCACGGGAACAGCAGUCUGCAUCAACUUCUGCGUCAUCAUGCUCCUCAACGUGCUCUAUGAAAAAGUUGCUCUUCUUCUCACUAAUUUAGAACAGCCAAGGACAGAGUCAGAGUGGGAGAACAGCUUUACCCUCAAGAUGUUCCUUUUUCAGUUUGUCAACCUCAACAGUUCAACUUUCUACAUCGCCUUCUUUUUGGGAAGAUUUACAGGCCGGCCUGGUGCAUAUCUACGCCUCAUCAAUCGCUGGAAAUUGGAAGAAUGUCACCCCAGUGGCUGUCUCAUUGACCUCUGUUUGCAGAUGGGGAUCAUCAUGGUGCUAAAACAGACCUGGAACAAUUUCAUGGAGCUUGGCUACCCGCUGAUCCAGAACUGGUGGACACGGCGGAAGCUGAGGAGAGAGCACGGACAGAAAGCCAAGGCCAGCUUCCCACAGUGGGAGAGAGAUUAUAAUCUACAGCCAAUGAAUGCCUAUGGACUCUUUGAUGAAUACUUAGAAAUGAUUUUACAGUUUGGCUUCACUACCAUCUUUGUGGCAGCCUUUCCUCUGGCCCCUCUCCUUGCGCUGCUCAACAACAUCAUUGAAAUUCGUUUAGACGCCUACAAGUUUGUCACACAGUGGCGACGACCUCUGCCUUCCCAAGCCAAAGACAUAGGGAUCUGGUAUGGCAUUUUGGAGGGCAUUGGCAUCUUGUCUGUCAUCACCAACGCCUUUGUCAUCGCUGUUACCUCAGACUUCAUCCCUCGCCUUGUUUACGCCUACAAGUAUGGGCCUUGUGCUGGUCAGGGUCGAGCAGGGGAAGGGUGUAUGAUGGGUUACGUCAACGCCAGUCUCUCAGUAUUCCGAGUGUCUGACUUUGAGAAAAGAUCACAGCCCAAGACUACUGGCUCCGAGCUGUUUGGAGAAGCUGUGAAGUAUUGCAGGUAUCGUGACUACAGGGAGCCUCCAGACUCUGCUGAUCCCUACUCGUACACUCUGCAGUUCUGGCACGUCCUGGCAGCCCGGCUAGCAUUCAUCAUUGUGUUUGAGCAUAUGGUCUUUGCCAUCAAGACCCUGAUCGCGUACCUGAUCCCGGACCUUCCCAAGGACCUGCGGGACAGAAUGCGCAGAGAGAAAUACCUGAUCCAGGAGAUGAUGUAUGAGGCAGAGUUGGAGAGACUGCAGAAGGAGAAAAACGAGAAGAAGAAGAAGGAUAAGGCCCAUCAUAAGGAAUGGCCCUGAAUGCACCAACUGGUAC